AUGUCCGUCCUUGAAGCGGGGUGGAGCGGUGUUAGCACAAACCAGGGCGGCCGUAUAUUCCAUGAUGACGAUCGAAUCCGGGUCAAUGCAGGUACUUCCCCCGAUAUCCUCCACUGUUUGGUUCCACUUGUUAUCAACCUUCCCCACAAAGAUACCCCUGUCCUCACUUGUAAGCCCCAGAAGCAGAGGUACCUAAGCCCAGCCUUGGCGAACUCUACCUUACUCUUCCAUCACUACAUACUGCUUUCUCGAACUGUUGUCUCCGUCACCUACUCCAUCGCUGUCCGUGACCGUCCCGCACUUUUGACGAAAGUAUACGAUCAUUUCAGAAAGGCCGACCAGGCAUCUCGUAUCUCACAGCCCUCCUACUCGACCACCGGCCACUUAACAACGAAAGAAUCUGCACGCUCCACACCCUCAGGCCAAAUUGAGUCCAUGCACAGCCUUCUCUCGAUCACCUCUCGGAUGCCUCUGGUGAUCUGUCUGGAGGUGGACACUGCUGUCGACUUCUUAUUGCCUUGCCCCCCCCAAGGAGACAUACCCCGAGGCUUGUUCAAGUCCGAGAGACAAGUCGAGCAUAUGCCUCCUUCGCCAGGAGAUGUCGCUUCAUCUCCAGACUCGAGCCGGCCGGGGGGUCUUGCCAAUGUCUUCAAAGGCUUGACCGGCGGCCGACUGGCCAGAUCUCCCCCGCCGAACCUCCAGUCUCCUCCUUCUACCUCGGUCUCCUCGAUGGUGCAUCCUCCGAUAACAAUAGGCAUUUCUGGCCUGUCCCUUGACCACACCGCAAGUUUGCAGCAACUCAAGACCGGUUCUCUUCCCGAACGUAUCGCCGCCGCCGACUCGCUCCGAUAUGCCAUCGCCGAAUAUCCCUUAUGCCCCGUUAUCCAGAUAUGGUAUGCUGGGAAGGAUCUCAUCGACGCUGCCAAGCCGGGUUCUGCUCGAGCCGCCGGUUGGGAUCUGCUCACAGAGUGUGUCAAGCAUGGGUCGGCUACCGACCUCGAGCGGAAAGAGUUCUUCCAAACCCUAACCGCCCCCGCGCACCCGGAAGAUUUCCAUCUGCAACUCGCCGCGCUGGUUGAUCUGACCAAGAACGGUCGCGACCUCUCAGGGUUCGACUACGAGGUCAUCCCCCUCCUCCGAAGAUGGCUACACGAAGCCUACCGCGCCGUCAGGGUCGCGAGGAAGCAGGCCAGUCGAGAGGCCAAGAAGAACGGCAAAUCGCGCGCAUCGGUGGCUGGAGAAGAGAAGAAUCUCCAGCAACUCUUUGUAUUCAUCGUUCAUGUCAUCAAGUUUAGUUCCAGUGUGGCAGAUGAGCCCACCAUGGCCGGGCUCGUCAAUGUUCUCGUCGCCAUCUGUCUGAGCACCAACGUGGAAGAACACAUUCAAGCUUGCAUCGGCGUCAUCGACACCAUCUUCACCUUCGCCUCGCUGCCCGACGAGAGCUUCAAGCAAUGCGUCCUCCUGAUGUCGUCCAUUUUCUGCCUGGUCCCUGGCCUUCACAAGCCGGCCUGGCACACCCUGACCAUCAUGCUAAAAUCCCACCAUGGUCACGCCACUGUGAGGGUUCUGCUCGACCUCCUCGCCAGUCUCCCGGCCGAUGGCAGUAGCAGAGGCAAGCAAACGAGGGAUAUUCGCGGCGCCCUGGCCGUCAUCGAGAAGCUCUUAUCCAAGGGCCUGGACAAAGCAUACCCGGCCAUUCCGUUUGCGCCCCUGGUCGAUGCAUUAGCUGCCGCCGUUCGGAGCACUCCCUCGGGUCGCGUGCACUGCGCCGUCCUAAAACUCAUCAACUCGCUUUUUGAUAAGGGCGACGGCACACUCCAUCCCUUGAUCGUCGAGGAAGACUGGAAUGCCGUGCUGGCCGUCGCGGCCGACUGUUUCCAGAAGACUCCCCCUUCUGCCGCCGCAGGUUUCAUUUUGGUCGAUGCAGAUGCCAUGUCGAUUUCGACAACCUCUUUCGAUUCGGAUCAACCGGAUGACGCCAUCAGACGUGAGCUGCUGCGUCUCGUCGCUCGGCUCGAGCAGUUGAUGACGAAUAAGACGGCCGAAUUUGUUCCGCGCCAAGUGGUUAUCGACUUUCUGAAGGACAUGCACACGCUGCUACCCGAUUCCACCGUUCGCGUCGUCCUCGCUUAUUUCCAGGAGUUCAGGUGCUGCUGCCCAUCAGAUCCCGAAUGGGAGGAGCACGUUGCCUUGGUACGCCAAAGCUUCUUCUUCAACCGGAGACGAAGCUCGGAAAUCCGACUGCUCGCCCUGGAGUUAAUCACGGAAGCUUAUGAGAUGAUGGAACUCGUCGGCGAGGACAUGGGCGAGGAGUGCGUACCGAGACUCAUCAAGGACACACUAAGCGGGAUCGCGGAGGAAACCGAUAUUUCCAUCUUGGAGGCGCUCGUAUCGCUUACGGUCGACGUUGCCGUUGCCGCCGGCCUGGAACUGUUCAACUACAUCAUUUGUACUCUGGAAGCUGUUGUGGCGAACGACCGUUUCGUUUCGCCCGUGCCCAUGGCAGGACACCCAUCAACCAUAGCUGCCGCGCCGUCGCCCGACGGGGAUCGACUCUCGCCCGAUCCGGAGAAAACAAUAUCCGUCGUCGUGACCAAAGGUUACGUUAAGCUCUUCAUGCGCUGCAUGAAUACGGAUGGUGUCAAGGGUGGCCGACUUUUCGAAGUGCUGGUUAACGUGGCCAGGGCACCGCACUGCAAGACGAGCGCUCGAAUCCUGGCGAUGGAGCUUCUCUUCCGGCUUCGGGCCGACUGGACGGGGUGCGUCUUCCUCACCCUGGAUACGGAAUGUGACGGGCUCGCAAGCUGUCUUCACCGGACCGAAGCCGCAAUGGCGCGAAAACAAAACGGCGAUGCCAGCCAGGCGAACCGGUCAUCGAGGGCCGACUACGGGGCGCCUUCACGAUCAUCACGAGCCGUCUCGUUCAGCCACGCUGGUCCGCAUGACCGAACACAGGCUUUGCGCUCUGCUAGCGGCAACAAACAGCCUGCUCCGACGUACAAGCCGCUCUGGCUCCUGUCCGAUUCGGGCGCCCUGCCGGAACCCCCUUCCAGCAUUGCUAGUACGGUCUUGGUGUCGCACUCUGCACCUGUAGACCGCUUUCUUUCCAACUCGGACGAGGCUUCGGACACAGGGAAGCCCGUGACUCAGGUAGUAGCGCUCAACGUGGCAGCAUGGCUCGAGAGUGUCAUACAUAUUUUCGAGCACGGCGCGAACUGGGAGGUCUACAGCAUGGUGUUGGUGUACCUCCCGUCGCAACUAAGCAAUCAUGCAUUUUUCCGAGGGGCGCUUUCCCAGGUGCAAGACCUCCGCCGGCUUCUAUGCGAGCAGAUACGCCUGAACGCGUUCCAGGAAGCGCCGAUUGCCACCGGAUUACGGCGCGCCGACGUGGCCAUCUGCCUGUUCCACAGCCUGACCAUGAUCUUGAGCUACCACGAGCAUUUCCAGAAAGAUCAAGAGGAUGAGAUUGUCCGUGCUUUUGUGCACGGGAUAUCGACCUGGGAGAGGUGCGCCAAGUACUGCAUUCAUGCGUUGACCAUCUGCUGCCACGAGCUGCCGCUCUCGACGAGCAAGUGCCUCGUUCAGAUGCUCCAGAAGAUGAGCCAGAUCAUUACGCAACCCCACGUUGCCAUGCACAUCCUCGAGUUCCUGGCGGGCCUUAGCAGGCUGCACAAUCUCUACGUGAAUUUCCGAGAAGACGAGUACCGCAUUGUCUUUGGUAUCUGCAUGAGGUACCUCCAGUACGUGCGCGACAAGACGCAGUCGCAAAGGGCCGGCGAGACACCGACGGCAACAACAACACCCAUGCCGACGCCGGGCCUAACGCCGCCGAACGCCGCAGAUGGCGUCCACCCAAGUGCCACGGACGACCUUCCGCAAUAUGUUUAUGCGCUGGCACAUCACGUCAUCACGUUUUGGUUCCUAGCUCUGAAACUCCCGGAUCGUGCCAACCAUGUCGGCUGGAUCGCCAAGAACCUCUUUACCGAGGUGGACGCCAUGCCCAGCGCAGAAGAGCAGGCUAUGGUGACGAUUGACUUCAUGCAGCGUGUGACCUAUGCCGACGCGGGCGAAUCCUGUCCCGACCCGCUAUUCACGAAGGAGCGGUUUGGCGACAUCCAGACUCGGAGGUGGUUGAUGGGGAACAGCAUCGUCGCGAUCGAGCAAGCCACGGCGACGGGAUGGGCGCAGAUCACCAAGCGGCAACCGUCAGGGACGUCGUCCUACAUCAUCCGGGAGAACUUCCGACCUCCCCCGGCUCACCAGAUCCAGAACACGCCGGACGCGACAAGAGAUGUUGGGCAAAAUCAGAGUGUGCUCCCGAGUCACUUGAUGGUGCAACUGAUGACGACCAUACCCCAGACGUUCGAAGCGCUCCGGCCCGUGCCCUUGCCCGACGACGAUGCCGUUCAACGGUCGCUCCGGGUAUUCGACCGGCUCGCCACGGUGGAUGGGCACAAAGUCGGCGUGAUCUACGUCGGGGAGGGCCAGACGGAGGAAGCCGAGAUCUUGGCCAACGUGUCAGGAAGCAGCGAUUACCUGGCAUUUCUGGAAGGCCUGGGCACGCUCACGGAACUCAAGGAUGCCAAGUUCAAUACGCAGGGACUGGACAAGACGUCGGACGUUGAUGGGCAGUACACAUUCUGCUGGCGCGACAAGGUAACGGAGAUGGUGUUCCACGUGACGACGCAGAUGCCGACGAGGCUGGAGACGGAUCCGCAGUGCAUCCACAAGAAGAGGCACAUCGGGAACGACUUUGUCAACAUCAUCUUCAACGAUUCGGGCCUGCCGUUCAAGUUUGAUACGUUCCCGAGCGAUUUUAAUUACGUCAACAUUGUGAUCACGCCCGAGUCGCGAGCGUCGUUCGUGGCGAGCCGCGAAGCGCCUCCGCCGGGCAAGGAAAAGCGGAUGCCUUUCUACAAGGUCCAGCUCCUGAGCAAGCCGGGCUUCCCGGUCAUUUCUCCGGCGUCCGAAACCAAGAUGGUAUCUCUGAAGGCGCUCCCCAGCUCCACGCGGCUUCUCGCCCUCAAUGCCUCGGUCUUCUCUCACGUCUGGAGCAACCGAGGAGGGGCGGAUAAUGUGAGCUCAUGGCGCAACCGACUUCGCGAGAUUCGACGACUGCGCGAGAAGUACGGGCCCAGGGUGGCGAACGGUAUGGUGCCACAGGAAGGAGUGGCGGCACUGGGCGGCCACGGGCACCUGAACAGCAGCGCAUCACCGUCAUCGCCAGCGGCCGCUUUCGGGGCUCAUGGAGGGAUCCUCGGAGCGGCAUCACACUCGCAAGCGGCGCCCGAGUCGUCCAGGCCGGGGAGCAGCGUGCGCGAUAGUUUCGGCAGCAGUCUCCGGCGGUCAUCGGUGGCGACAUUCUUCACGGGAACGAGCGAGCAGGUGUCGCAGCGCAACUCGUUGCUCUCGUCGACGAUGACGACGAUGCACGAUGCAGACGCAGCACCUGCGAACGGACUUGAUUCUCUCGUCGAGUCGUUGCCUGCCUGGCGUCUUUGCUGUUCUUACUCUGAGAUCCAUAUACGCCCUAAACAUCUCGAGGACGAGAGGACGCUGUCUCCUCACACCAACGUGAAGUUGUACGGGAAUUACCCUUGCGGUGUUUCGGUGUUUGCCGGUCCUGUCACCACCCGAUUCGUCCGUUCAUCCAUUCUGCUGGGAUUCGGCUUUGGAACCUUGGAAGACCCUCAAACUCGGUUCAGGGAGAAGACUGACGUCUAUACAUUCAUGGCUGUAGGCAAGAUAGCAGCCAAAUUUACGGAUGCGGUGUAUCCCGCCGAACGGAGAACAGGCAGAUUUGACCGAGUCAGCUGA